AUUUUACAUAUUCCUUACUAAAACACUCUCUUUGACUAAAAAUCUAUAAUAGUAUCUGUUCUAUCUUGGAGGAUAUAGAGGUUGAAGGGUACCUAAAUCCUAAAUGUUGCAAUCUAUUAUUAUCUAAAAAGAGAGUAGAAUGCAAUCAUCUAUUGGAAAAGCCUUUCAACGUUUCUGUUUUCUUGUUAUUUUAAUAGUUAACCAUGUGUGUUGGAUCCAAGCACAAGGCAACUCCGAUGUGAAUUCCACAGAGAGCCGAUCUGCGGAUCCAUUUCUUUUGUCUACAAGCUUACCUGUGGAGACGGCCUUCACGUUUCCAUCUGCUUUACCUGUUAUCCCUUCGGGUGGUGGAAAUUUUGGGAAAGGAAGGAUAGAUCUGGGAGGUCUUGAGGUGAUCCAAGUCUCCAUCUCAACCUCAACAUCACAGAGAGUAUGGAGGACAUACGAGGGAGGGCCCAACAGCAUGGGACUCACUAUCUUCCAACCUAUCAAUCUUCCUCCCAGCUUUUUCACUCUUGGCUUCUAUGCGCAACCCAACAACCGUCUGCUUUUCGGCUGGGUUCUUGCUGCAAGAGACGUCUCUGGAAAUAGCUUGAGGCCACCCGUUGGCUACGUUGAAGUCAUAAACACUACAUCAAUGAAUAUCAACCAAGACGGGGCUGCUUAUUUUUGGCAGCCCCUAUGUCCCGAUGGGUAUCAAGCGGUUGGUCUAUAUGUCACUACUUCUCCUCUGAUGCCCUCGUUAAGUCAAGAAUCCAUAAGCUGCGUUCGAUCCGAUCUCACGGAACAGAGUGAAACCGAUACAUGGGUUUGGGGGACAAACGAAAUGACUAUUUCUAGUUUGAGACCGGCCAACAGAGGAACAGAAGCAACAGGUGUGCACACAGGGACAUUCAGCUGCCAGCCACUAAACGUCCCUCCUCCUCCUCCUCUGUUCUGCUUGAAAAACACAAAAUUUGACUUGUCUAGCAUGCCAAGCCGUAAUCAAACUAGCGUUUUGUUUCAAUCGUAUUCUCCUUGGAUAUAUUUGCAUCCAGAUGAAGAUUUUCUUCCUUCCUCUGUCAAUUGGUUUUUCUCUAAUGGUGCCCUGUUAUUCCAAAAAGGCAACGAAUCCAACCCCGUCCCUGUGCAACCGGACGGUUCAAACCUUCCGCAAGGCGGUUCGGAUGAUGGUUUAUUCUGGUUAGAUUAUCCGGUGGAUAAGAACGCAAAGGAAUGGGUUAAGAGGGGAGACUUAGGAAACACGAAAGUGUAUCUACACAUCAAACCAAUGUUUGGAGGCACGUUCACUGACAUUGUCGUGUGGAUAUUCUACCCUUUCAACGGCAAUGCCCGCCUCAAGUUUUUAUUCAUCAAGAGCCUGUGGCUGGGGAAUAUCGGCGAACAUAUUGGAGACUGGGAACAUAUUACGUUGCGCAUCAGCAACUUCAACGGAGAGUUAUGGCGCGCAUACUUCUCUGAGCACAGUGGGGGAACUUUAGUGGAGGCAUGCGACCUUGAGUUUCAAGGUGGAAACAAACUUGUGAGCUACUCGUCGCUUCACGGACACGCAAUGUUCUCGAGACCAGGACUUGUGUUGCAGGGCGAUGGCGGAAACGGCAUAAGGAACGACAUGGCAAGAAGUGACAAAUUCUUUGACGCAGGUGUUGCUUAUGAGCUGGUUGCAGGACCGGGCAUUGAGGAGCCACCGUGGCUCAACUAUUUUAGGAAAUGGGGACCAUUUGUCCGACAUGACAUUCAGAAGAACCUUGAUGGUAUCGCAAAGUCAUUGCCGGGACUUUUGCGGAAAAAAUUCAGAAAACUGAUUUACAAAAUUCCUCGUGAAGUGCUUGAAGAAGAUGGUCCCACUGGACCCAAAGUCAAAAGUCUUUUGCCUAGUAUGCCUUCCGAUGGUGGAAAUUUUGGCAAAAGAAGCAUUGAUUUGGGAGGUCUUGAGGUUGCUCAACUCUCUAUCUCAAACUCAACAUCACACAGAGUGUGGAGAACUUACGAAGGAGGGCCGAAUAACAUGGGAGUCAGCAUCUUCGAACCUACUACUCUUCCUCGUAACUUUUUAAAACUUGGCUUCUAUGCACAACCCAACAACCGACAGCUUUUCGGUUGGAUUCUUGUUGCAAAAGACGUAUCCGGAAGUAAUUUAAGACCACCAGUCGACUACACUGAAGUUGGAAACACUACAUUACAGAUUAUUAAACAAGAUGGGCCAGCAUAUUUUUGGCAGCCCCUAUGUCCUAAUGGGUAUCAAGCGGUGGGUCUAUAUGUUACUACUUCUCCUAUGAAGCCUUCUUUGGGACAAGAUUCUAUAAACUGCGUUCGAUCUGAUCUUACAGAAAAAAGUGAAGCUGAUACAUGGGUAUGGAGGAUAAAAGAUAUGACUAUUUCUAGUUUGAGACCAGCCACCAGAGGAGUAGAAGCAACAGGUGUGUACACAGGGACAUUUAGUUUCAAAAACCUAAAAUUUCUCCCUCCUCCUUUAUUCUGCUUGAAAAAUACAAAAUUUGACUUGUCGAGCAUGCCAAGCGAAAACCAAACUAGAGUAUUGUUUCAAACAUAUUCUCCUUGGAUAUAUUUACACCCAAAAGAAGAUUUUCUUCCUUCCUCUGUCGAUUGGGUUUUCGCUAAUGGUGCGUUGCUAUACCAGAAAGGAAACGAAUCCAACCCCGUCCUGAUACAUCCAAAUGGUUCAAACCUUCCACAAGGUGGCUGCGAUGAUGACUUAUUUUGGUUAGAUUAUGUAGUUGAUAAAAAGGCAAAAGAAAAGGUCAAGAGGGGAGAUUUAGGGAGCACUAAGGUGUAUCUACACAUCAAACCGAUGUUUGGAGCUACUUUCACAGAUAUUGUUGUAUGGCUAUUCUUCCCCUAUAACGGAAAUGCACAUUUGAAAUUUUUAUUCAUCAAGAGCAUGUCUCUAGGAAAUAUUGGCGAGCAUGUUGGAGACUGGGAACAUGUUACAUUGCGCAUCAGCAACUUCAAUGGUGAGUUAUGGCGUGUUUACUUUUCUGAACACAGUGGAGGAACUUUAGUGGAUGCAUGCGAUCUAGAGUUCGUGCAAGGUGGAAACAAACCAGUAGUAUAUUCGUCUCUCCAUGGCCAUGCAAUGUUCUCCAAACCUGGAGUCGUGCUGCAAGGCGGCGGCAAAAGUGGAAUAAGGAACGACAUGGCAAGAAGCGACAAAUUCUUUGACGCAAGUAUUGGAUAUGAAGUGAUUGCGGGGCCGGGCGUGGUUGAGCCACCGUGGCUGAACUAUUUUAGGAAAUGGGGACCUCGAGUCCAUUACAACAUUGACAAGUUUCUCAACUCUGUAGCUAAGAUUUUGCCGAUCUUUUUACGGAAAGGUUUGCGAAAACUCAUAAACAAAAUUCCUUUAGAAGUGCUUGGUCAAAAUGGUCCAACUGGUCCCAAAGUUAAGGUGACUUGGACCGGUGAUGAACAAUAUUCUUAGUGUUUUAUUGUAAAUUAUUGCAUUAAUCUAUAUAUCUGUAAGGUUUUAAUUUGUUGAGCAUAAUCAUUGUAAUUAAUAACAAUAAUAUUAUAGAAUUUGC